AUGGCCUUGGCGGCUAAGCUGAAGCUGAAAUGGCACUUGAUUUAUCUCGGUCUUGCUCUUGGAGUCAGCCUCAUCCAACUGCUCUGUAAUGGCUGGGUCUCGUUCUUGGCAGUCUUUUGUGGCCUCUUUCUCGGGGUGGUGCAUGUCCCCGGCGCAUCGGCAGGCAGGCACUGCUCAUGGAAAUGCAGAGCCACGCUAUGCAUCGCGACCGCAAUUCUCACGGUUUGUCUUGCAUGCCUACAAUGGCUGAUCUGGUUUACGUAUGAGGGCGCGAUGCUCUUCUUUCCUGUUCAGCAGUCGCUCUCUCCGGUUCUGCUUUCGUGGAUAUGGAUCUGCUGCACCAUGAAGAAGCACCCGCGUUCAAGCUAUGCGCAUGAUGCAAAGUGGUGCUUGUUUGGGAACUGGUUUGUGGCGGUCGUGUUCCAACUCUCAUACACAGGUCUGGCGGUGGGCUUCUUCGAUGCGUUUGCCAUCGGCGUUGCCUUUGCAAAUGGCUUGUACUGCGUUGUCCUUGGCUGGACGCUGUAUAUGCUGCAGCUGAGAAUGACAGAAAUCAGAGAUGGUGCUCGGCAGUGCCGGCAGGUGUGGAUACUGGUGAUGUGCUGUGCCUGGUACGUAAGCAACGCAAGCGAAGAUCUGUUGUCCGCGGUCAGCAGCUCGGUGAUGUGCACCAUCUGGGCAGCAUUCACAGCCCUCACCUGCAGAAGCUUAGCAGCGAGCCUCCGGCUGGUGAUUUCGGAAGCCAGGCGUGUGCGAGGACAGCCCCGGAAGCUCGCGCGCUGGGCCGCGCGAGUCCUCAGCCUGGAGCUCCUGCUCUGCGCAAUGCUUGGGCUCACAACGUGCUGCACCGGAAUUCUCAGCUGCCUUGUUGCAUUGACUCAGAAAGACAAACUGUCAGAAGCAGAAGGUUUGAGAUUGGCAGUGCUCCUUCGAUGGCAGUUCACAGCCGUGCGCUUGGACUGGGUUAUCAAUUCACUUGGCCUCAGCCUCCUCUCUGGCAUACUUUGGCAAGGACAGCCGCCGGAGGACGAUGUGGAGUUCGGUUCGGGCAGACUCGCGCGAGGGUUGGUCUCCAUGUCAUGUUUCUUGAACGACAGCGAGAAGGAAGUCUACCAGGAUGUUGUCAAGCAGUUGGCAAACCGUGGCUUUCACCUUAGCUCACUUCUCUGCUUCUGGGAAAGGCUGAGCCGAGAUGAGCUGAUGCCAGGGUUUGAUGCGCGGCGCUCGGUGACCAACGACGUGGUCCGCCGGGCCAUCAUCCCAGCCUCCCGCCUUGGGGAUGGCGGGUGUGCCCUUGCAGAAGUUUGGUCCACCAAUCUGAAGCCGCAAGUCAUGGUGUCACACAACUGGACGAACAGCUUUGGAAGCCUAGCUGCUGCAAUACUGGCGGAUGCGUUGGGGCACAAAGCCUACCAGGAUGUCGCCGCCCAACUCGCCACCCGUGAGGGCAUCGAGCAGAUCCGAGUCAAGCUCGGCUGCAAGCUGGAUACCACCUACUGGCUGUGCGCGUUCUCCGUCAACCAGCAUGCCAGUAUUUGCGCCGGGUUCGGGCCGGAACCGCUCCAGGGAACGGCCGAAUGGAAUGCCUGGGCCAAGAAGCGCUGUGAUUCGGUCACUGGCGAGAUGUUUUCCUUGUGCGACUGCACAGUACAGAAAGUUCUGAGCCACACCGACCCACGGUGUGAGCUCAAUAAGUUCGAUGACAUGAUGACAUACUUAGCAAUGGAGGUUUCGGACUUCUCUCAACUGAUUGUUGUGGAUGAUGACUUUGACGUGCUAGGCCGAGCAUGGUGUCUUGCAGAGAUAUUUGAGGCCAACGUUUUGGGUAUGCCGGCCCGGAUUCAAGUUUCUUCGCAAGAGGCGGUGGACCUCAACUAUGACAGGCUGAUGCUGCUAGAUGUGAGGAUGUGCUCGGCUUCAUCACAGCCUGACAAGGACAUGAUCAUCUCUAAGAUCGCAGAUGUGGAUGCUUUCAACUGGAAAAUACGGGAGCUGGUCUUCAGUGCCGAUACCGGCUUCUUUGCAGAAUGGGUUGAUGGCAACGAACGUUCUCGCCAAGUUGGUCGAAUCGUGCGGCGUUGCGCGAUGCGAUCUGGUAGCAGUCUAGGGCAGCCUGUGAGCAGUUGGACUGGAUGUUGUGCCAUUUUGGGCAUCUGGAAGUCUCGGGACAGCGAUUCCGAGGAUGAGUCCUCGGAAGACGAACUCACUGGAGGUAACUUCUACAAUCCAUGGAACCUCGGUUUCAGCCAGUCGUUGGAGUGGCGCGUGGUGUCCGAGAGCAGCGUGACACGGCAUUGGGCGGUCGCGGAGCUUGCUUUUUUCGACAACGUGGAAUGCCAGUUCCCUGUGGCCGGGACCGCUUCCGCCUCUGGAGAGGCGGCCAACCGUUUCGCUUCAGCGGCCUUUGACGGACAGGUGGACACGUUCUGGACCCGGACCAUCAUCGCAGUCUAA